AUGCUGCGCAUGAUCCCAGGCCCGACGUCCAUGUCCCACGCAGUGCGCCAAGCGUACGCGGAAGAGGUUGGCUCGCCCGACGUCGAAGUCGACGAGUUCUUCGCCGACUACUUUGCCCUCGAGGCGAGCUUCAAGAAGCUCCUCGGCUUCUCCGCGGGCUCGAUCGUGCUUGGGUCGGGCGAAGGCAUGGCGUGCCUCUGGGGCGCGCUCAACAGCGUGCUUCUGCCCGGCGACACGGUUCUCUGCGUCGUCAACGGUAUCUUUGGCGAGGGCUUUGCGGCCAUGGCACGGGACAUGCAGGCGAAUGUUGUGACCGUCGAGUGCGACUGGACGACGGGCAUCGACACGGCCAAGGUCAUUGCUGCGAUCCAAGCGGUCAACCCGCGCCUUGUGACGCUCGUGCACUGCGAGACGCCGUCGGGCAUCGUCAACCCGCUGCAUGGCAUCGGCCACGCGAUCCGCGCCCACACAACCGACGGUCUCUUCCUCGUCGACUUCGUGUCGAGCGCGUUUGGCGUCGCGCUCUCGGUCGACGACGAAGCGAUCGACUUGGGCCUCUUCGCACCGCAAAAGGUGCUCUCGGGGCCUGCUGCGCUCGCGUGCACGACCGUCUCGGACAAGGCCUGGGCCCGCAUCCGUGCCAAGAAGUACCAAGGCUACGACGCCCUCUUGCCGUUCGACGGGCUCUCGCCGGCGGCGCCACUGCUCUUGCCGUACACGCACAACUGGCCCGCCAUCCGCGCCACGAUUGCGGCCUGCCAUGCGAUCGAGGCCGAGGGGCCGUCCGCGGUCAUCGAACGCCACGCCCGUGUCGCACAGCUUUGCCGAGAGGAGGCCAAGCGCAUGGGCCUCGAGCUCUACUGCACGGACGAGACGCAUGCAGUCCCCGACGGUGACGGCGCUCAAGGUCCCGACGCACCGCAUUAGCUGGACCGACUUGCAAAAGGCGCUCAAGGCCGAAGGACUCAUCUGCGGCGGCUCGUACGGCUCGCUCUACGGCAACGUCUUUCGCAUCGGCCACAUGGGCUCGCAGGCGCGCGAGGCGCUCGUGCAGGACGCCCUCGCGAUCGUCGCGCGGGUGCUCGCCGCGCACCCCGCCGCAUUGUAGCUUGAAAUACACUAGUCGUAGCAGCCAUGCUCAAUAGAAUCGGUAACAGAGACGGCUCGUGAAACCUGUGCUA